CUAUGUACAACCGCGUUACGUUUCAUAAGAGAUAAGAACGUAUACAAUUUGCAAUAUUAUUGUAUGGGUAUAAUAUGAAUGUCAUGUAUACCUAGUAUUAAAAAUGUUUAUAAUAUCACACGUGGUAGUCUUGGAAUGCUGUUUCAGCAGAUUACAGAAAAGCUCGACCGACAGGUUCUCAUGGACGCAUAGUGUCAGCAGUGCAGUAAUAAGCGUAGUGUUGUGAGCUUGUCCAGAAAAAAUUGUCCUUAAUUUAAUUUAGACGUUUGAUUCCAAUAAACUGAGUGUAAUUUCAACAGUUAUAAAUUAUUUGUGUAAUUAUUUGCUCAAACCAUUCAUAAACAGUUUUAUAAGUUAUAACCACUGCAGCCACGAAUACUUCAAUCGUGGCGUGUUUUUUUCAGGUAGCAACAGGUGGCCAGUCCAUGCAUCAUAAAAUUCUACACAGAUAAUUCCAAACAAUUCGUACCAAUAAUUUGAAUUGACAAAAUGCAAAAUACAAAGCAAAUUCCGGAACCCAAUCGAUGUGAACCAGCUGUAUACGAAUAUAAGAAAUCGUCGUAUGCAGAUAUUUAUGAUGUGCUACAAUCCUUAAGGAAAGAUGAGUUUUUUUGUGAUAUUAAACUAAAAACAGACGAUGGUGUAGUUAUUUUCGGCCAUAAAGUGGUUUUAGCAUCGGCUAGUCCAUAUUUCCACGCAAUGUUCACAAACUUUUCAGAAAAGAACCAAGAUCUUGUUGUUAUCAAGGAGUUGGAUUCUAGUGCCUUACAUCUCUUAAUUGACUUUAUUUACUCUGGGAAAAUUAUUAUCACUGAAAGUCAUGUACAGGUUUUAUUACCGGCAGCGAAUCUUUUGCAGUUAGAAGAAGUAAAAGAAGCAUGUUGUGAUUUCCUUCAGGCACAACUAUGUCCUACAAAUAUUAUUGGAAUAAUUGCGUUAGCUGAUUUACAUAGCUGUACGAAAUUGUUAGCAAGUUCAGAACUAUAUAUUCAACAGCACUUUUCUGAGGUGGUAGAAGAGGAAGAAUUCUUGUUAUUGUCAUCCGAGCAAAUAGUUAAGUUGAUCUCUAGUGAUGUACUUACAGUCCCAUCUGAAGAAAAAAUAUUCGAAAGUGUUGUUCGAUGGGUAAAACAUGAUUUGGAUUCCAGAAAACAAAUUUUGCCCAAAUUAAUGGAACAUGUGCGUUUGCCAUUAACAUCGAAAGAUUACAUAUUAGAAAAAGUACUUGAAGAACCUCUUUUUAAAAAUUGUCUUGAAUGUAAAGAUUACGUAAUUGAAGCAUUACAUUUUCAUUUACUCAAGUCAGAUGAGCUUAUCGCCAUCCCACAUAACAUCCGGACGAAAACUAGACAGCCUGGUGGUAUAAAUAAUGUUAUUUUAGUGGCUGGUGGAGAAGGAAACGGUAAUGAAGUAUUGGAUACUACAGAAUGGUACGACCCAAAACUCAACCAAUGGCAAUCCGGACCAAAAUUGAUUACACCACAUUCCGGUGGUGGUCUAGCUGUAGUAAAAGAUAGUAAUAUUGUGCUUUAUAUUGGUGGUUUCAAUAACUCCCGUUCAAUUUGUCAGUCUGUCUAUUUACUAGAUCUAUCUUCAGAAUUACCUUCCUGGAAACCAACCGUUGACAUGUUAAUUAAACGAAACUAUUUAGGAGUUGGUAUGAUAAAUAAUCGUGUAUAUGCCGUUGGCGGUUAUGAUGGUAAGAGUUACUUAAAUAGUGCAGAAGUUUUUGACUGCAGAACUCAAAAAUGGCGUUUGAUACCUCGUAUGUCUAGUAGAAGAAGUGGUGUCGGGCUUGGAGUACUGAACGAUCUUCUGUUUGCGGUCGGAGGUUUUGACGGUAUAUCACAGCAGAGAUUAAAAUCAGUGGAAUGCUAUGAUCCCGGUCUCGACAAAUGGACACCAAUUGCAGAAAUGAGUUUAGGUCGCAGUUCUGUGGGUCUUGGCGUUUUAGAUGGGACACUGUAUGCUGUAGGCGGUCAUGAUGGAUUUAAUGUGCACAGGAGUGUUGAAGCAUACAGACCAAGUACGGGGGUGUGGACAACUGUCGCAGACAUGCAUUUGUGUCGACGCGGAGCAGGAGUAGCAGUAUUGGAUGGAUUAUUGUAUGUAGUAGGUGGUAGCGACGGGAGUUCUGUUCUGGAUUCUGUAGAAUGUUACAACCCCAACACCAAUACAUGGACCAUGGUCACAGCGUCAAUGAAUGUUCCACGAAAUUGUGCAGGUGUUGUAGCCAUUGAAAGUCCACGACAUUUUAAAACUAGUUGGUAUUCGUGAUUUUUUUUUUUUGCUACAAUAUAUAAAUAUUUUUUUAUAUUGUAUAAUAUUUUUUUUAAUAAUAUUCUAUUUAUUUUAUACUUUUUGAAUGGUUCGGUAAGAGGUUUCUUGUACCUACAGUAUAAAUUGAUAGCCAAUGGCAGGUCGCCAUUUGCUUAAUUAUCUUGCAUUGGAUACUAGAUUUUUUUUUAUAUUAAUAUUGUUCUUAUUUGUGUGAUAAU